AUGUCGUCCAAACAAAUAGCACGUUCUGCAUUCAAAUACGCGUCAUUGCAUGCGACUCGUGCCAAUAGCGCCUUGUCAUACAUACACACCGCACGAAGAUUGUCUCAGGCUACAAGCGCACAUGCGCGACCGCGGAUCCUCAGCACACGACGGCACUACGCCACGCCACCGCCUCAGAUUAUACUGAGUGAUCUAUCCGAGGAGAACUACCAUCGUAUCGCCGACCACACGCUUGACCACCUAUUGGAAUCCCUGGAGGAGCUCAUCGACUCGCGGGGGGACUCUGCUUUCGAAGUUGACUAUAGCAGCGGCGUACUGACGCUCGACCUCGGCACGCACGGCAAGUACGUGAUCAACAAGCAACCUCCGAACAAACAGAUCUGGCUAUCUUCCCCUAUUAGCGGGCCGAAGCGCUACGACCUGUCAGAGAAAACGGGUGAUUGGAUAUACUCGCGGGAUAAGCGCACAUUGGGCGCACUCCUGAACGAGGAACUCAGCGCGGCAUUCAACGAGGAUAUUGACCUUGGCCUUGGGGUGGAGGUGCGGCGGUUGGUUGAACAGCGGCUCGGGAUGAAGCUUGCGGGGUUCGAAGCAUGA